AAAAAGUUGUAAUUAAUGUUGUUUGUACUAAUUCUUCCAGUGAUAGAAAUUGAGACCAGGACCUUGUCAGAGACGUUGUCCUCAACCUGUCUGAGAGAGAAGGAGAUUAGCUGCAUUUGUGAUUGCAACAAUGAGUCCAGUGCUGUUAUCAAGUGCUCUUCUUGUUUUAAAUUUCAGCACAAGGCAUGUUAUAAAUUACUGAAUGACCAGGAGAUACCACAUCACAUCUGUGUCAAUUGUCAUGAGCCCGACAACUCAGAAAAAUCAUGCACACAUCCAGAUCUCGUUUAUAAUGAGAAUCGAAAG